UCGAUAUCGAUUAGAGCGCCAAGUGGGUCUCCUGCACGCGCGCGACCUGUUGUGUCUUUGUAGCGCGCGCGUCCCCGCGGGAGGAGGAGGAGGAUCCAACAAGUGGGUGCACGCGUGCACGCACCUGCAACCUCGCGCUGCAGCAGAGUGUGUGCGCGCACCGCUUUUUCGGUUUUCGGCGUCGCUCCCCCGGUUCAGACCUGCGAGUCUCGAUCCUCCAUGGACUGGCAGCCGCCGCCGCCGCCGCCGGGUGUCCGUGCCGGCGUGUGAGACUCCCCGGCAGGCAGGACGUACGCGGCUGUCCGCCGGCGGGUCGCAGCCAUGCCGCUGCACCCCAUCACCUCCACGCUGAUGUACCGGGGCAUGUGCGUCAUCCCGGACAUCCUCAACUACCGCGCCCCGGUCAACCUGCCCGAGGACGAGGUCGAAGAGAUCCGCGAGGCCUUCAAAGUGUUUGACCGUGACGGUAAUGGCUUCAUCUCCAAGCAGGAGCUGGGCAUGGCCAUGCGCUCCCUGGGCUACAUGCCUAAUGAGGUGGAGCUGGAGGUCAUCAUCCAGAGACUGGACAUGGACGGUGACGGGCAGGUGGACUUUGAGGAGUUUGUCACACUUCUGGGUCCCAAGCUGACGGCGGCCGGGAUACCAGACAAGUUCAACGGCACCGACUUUGACUCGGUUUUCUGGAAGUGUGACAUGCAGAAGCUGACAGUGGAGGAGCUGAAGCGUCUUCUCUACGACACCUUCUGUGACCACCUGACCAUGAAGGACAUCGAGAACAUCAUCAUGACGGAGGAGAACCACAUCCAGAACCCUGGGGAGUGCCAGGUGGAUAUAGACAGUUCCAGCCCGACGCAGCAGGUCAAGCAAACGUGCGUUCGCAAGAGUCUGAUCUGCGCCUUCGCCAUCGCCUUCAUCAUCAGCGUCAUGCUCAUCGCCGCCAAUCAGGUGCUGCGCAGCGGCAUGAAAUAGCGGACGUUUCCCCAGGUGUACAAAAGAGACACGUCCUCCUCGUUACCCUCGUGCUCGUUAGCGGCGGCAGCUCUACAAGAGACGUGUUGUGACUCUCCCCUUUUCUCUCUGCCCUGCGCAACUUCCUAACGUGUGUGUGUGCGUGUGUGUGUGUGUGUGUGUGUGUGUGUGUGUGUGUGUGUGCGUGGGGAAUACUGCAGGGGGCGCUGUUGCUGGUGGACCUUGAGAAGAAAGUGAGCGCCACAAGGGGGCGCCUCACACAAGCUCAUCUAUGCAUGACAUGCAUGAACUUCUUGUUUGUGAACCUUCUUAUCAACGUUGUGAUGAUCUCCACUGUCUUCUAAUACCAAACUGUGAGAGUGUGUGUGUGCGUGUGUGUGUGCGUGUGUGUGUGUGUGCGUGUGUGUGUGUGUGCGUGACGACUGUCUUUCUAUCUUUGUGACAACCCACCUUGAUGGUGGGGACAUUUGUCUCUUUGUGGGGACUUUUUGGCUGGUACCCACAAGGAACAUGCUAACCGUAUAGACUGUGUGUGUGUGUGUGUGUGUGUGUGUGUGUGUGUGUGUGUGUGUGUGUGUGUGUGUGUGUGUGUGUGUGUGUGUGUGUGUGUGUGUGUGUGUGUGUGUGUGUGUGUGUGUGUGUGUGCGUUGUAUUUCUCCCCUUCUUGAGACACGAAGAAGGAAAAGUAUCUUCCAUAUGAGGAGGUGUGAACAAGUAUGGUCCCAAUAACAUUGCAUCCAAUAGAUGCAAUGUUAUUGGUCAACAUAUGAAAUAACAAGUGUGUGUAAGAAAUUCGAAGUGCCAAUAUU